AUGCCCUGAAACACCAGAUCCAUGUAGUGGAAGUCAGGUACCUGCUCCAGAUUUGGACUUUUCUGAUAAGAACACACAUCGCAUGUGAGGCCGUGGGGAAUGUGCCCCUCUUUUCAAUGGAAACUGAGAACACAGGAGAUCCUUUGAGUGAUUCCAGGGUGACAGAAACAGAAGAUGGCUACUUUGAAAUGGGACUUCAUGAAGGAUACCAUGUCUCUAAACUGACUCCCACCUCAAGUAGUGUUCAGACAACUCCUAGUAGCACCCAAGCAAAACAGGAUAACAUAGUCAAAAUCCUCUGGAGUUUUUGUAUUCAGGCUCAUAAAGGACUCAGGCAGUUUGCUUCCUGUUUAGUUUUGGCCAGUAAUGUGAUUGCAGUAUUUGAAAUUAUUCAAGAUUCCAAAGGAAAUUGCCAGCACAUACUUUCUGCCUUGAAACUCAUACUGUGCUUUCCAUACUCUGACCUUGCUGAAUUUGGCUUUUUAAUACCAGAAAUAUGUUUAAUGCUGAACAUAAACAAUGGUGAUACCUGCUUGUUUGUUGUCUCAGACACUCAGAAUCUGCAAGAUUUCUAUUCCUGUUUAUACAGGUCUUGCUCUCAGCGCUAUAUGCCUGCUUUAGCAGGUCCUGUACUGUAUUGUGGCAAAGCCAGUUUGCAAGAAUUUGUCUACCAGCUGAUGGGGUUUUAUCAUAUUUCAUCUGAAAACACAGAGAUAAAAGGUUGCUUCCCAGUUUACCUCUUCUGUCAUAAUAAAGCUGAUGGUCAGAAGGUGUUAUGUCUACCAGAAUUGGGCAGUGAUGGCAAAACCUGUUCUAAGCACUGUGGUUGUUCUGCAUUUUAUUCUGCAUUUCACAAAUCUGCUGGAGAGAGCCAUUGUAUGCUCCAUCCCUGUUGGAUAUUUCUUACACCUCACCACCUUCAUAUAGUUAAAGUUGAUUUUAAUGUACUUCCAGGUAAAUUAAUUGACUCUGAGAAUGCUAGGAACAUUUUCAAACUCAACAGAAUUCCAUUGGCUUCUGUUCUUUUGCAUCCCACAUGUUAUUCGGUUCAGCAAGAAGGUUCAUUUUCAGAUGGAUAUGUCUUGGAAUUGAUAAUUGGCUACAGAUUUGUCACAGCAGUAUUUGUCCUACCUCAUGAGAAAUUCCAUUUUCUGAGAAUCUAUAGUUUUCUGAGGACGCUUUUGCAAGACAUCAAAACCAUAAUUAUUUUCAAAGAUGCCAAUCAUGUAGAAUCAAUCAGAAAUUCUUUUACGGAUUGUAUAAAGCACGGCCCAACUGCAAGCUUUUGCAAGCCUCAUUUGCCGUUCUCAUCUUUAUAUCCAUCUGAAUUUCUGAUGCAAAGAAUUACUGAAGAGAACCAGAUACCUAUGCAUCUUUCAGUCUCUCCAUCUCUUCAAUAUAUGGCUGGGCUAAAGGAAAAAUCCAUUAUGGAAUUUUUCCAUAACAGCAUUGCUGAGGUUGAAAAUGAAGAACUAAGACAUCUCAUGUGGUCAUCUGUUCUGUUUUAUAAAGCUCCGGAUAUGGAAGUGACAGCGUGUGUACUACUUUCAACUAAAGCUAUUUACUUCUUGUUGGAUGAUUCUGUGACUCAUUCUAAUGAUCACCAUUUAGGUUUUUGGGGCACAGAUCUCUUGGACUAUGAAUUCAGCUCUUUCCAUCUCUCUCCUUGCUUAGUUCUAAAAUUAAAUGAUCUGCAUUCAGUGAACAUUGGACUUUUUGAUCAGUAUUUUCGACUUACUGGACAUUCGGCGGAACAUAUAUUGACUUGCCUAACCAGAGACAGUUAUAGUACUCAUGCCUUUAUCCAGCACCUCAUGGCAGUGCUCUCACUCCUCGCAAGGACACCAUCACCAGAACCAGUUGACAAGGACUUCUACUCUGAAUUUGGAGAGAAAAAUACAGGAAAAAUGGAAAACUAUGAACUGAUUCACUCUAGCAGAGUGAGAUUCAUAUAUCCCAAUGAAGAAGAAAUUGGGGACCUUGCCUUUCUGGUUGCUGAGAAGAUGAACAGCGUCAUGAAAUCCCAGUCCCUGAAUCUACUCCUUUAUGUGUUGGCAUUUCAAGUGAAUACCACAGAGGUGACUGCUCAGACCUACAGUUCCCUUCAGCCUAAAACACUGAUCUUAACUAGCUCAGAUUUGUUCCUUUUCAAUGAGGACUACAUCAGUUACCCACGGCCUGAAUUUGCAAAGGAACCACCGAAGAGAGACAAGUAUCAGCUUGCAGAUGGAAGAAGAAUCCGUGACCUAGAUCGCGUGCUCAUGGGCUAUCAGGCAUAUCCUCAGGCACUCACAUUUGUUUUUGAUGACAUUCAGAAUCAAGAUCUCAUGCAGAACCUGACGUUAGAUCACUUUGGCAACGUUCUCAGUUUUCCUAAAGGGCAGGCUAGACAAGAGGGCAACAUCAGCCAAGAGGUGUUGUGGUGUGUCUUUAUCCCAAGUCCCGAAAGCCGUGAAAAACUGAUCUCACUACUUGCUAGGCAGUGGGAGAUACUCUGUGGGAGGGAGCUGCCUUUGGAGCUCACUGGGUAAUUCGUUGGGUUCAAAUACUUCAGCUGGUCAGGUCUACAGUUACGAAUUAAAGCACAGUACUGACUGAAUUAACCCUGGAUCAGCAUUCUCUUCAUAGCAGCAUUGAAAAUUUUCCUGUGCAUUGCCCUUGAUAUUCCUUGUGCAGUGAGGGGGUUUAAUAUACAACAUAAGCUGCUAAAUGAUUGUCCUGAAAUUUUCUAAACUCUGUUUUUAUGUAGCAAGUAACGUGUUCCAGAUUCCUAAUUAAGCAUUCUAGGCAACUGUAUGGAACAAAAGGAGUCAGCACUUGGCAUACUUUCAUUUAGGGCUGUUAAUGUUUUCACUGUGUUUUUGUACAAUGCUACUCUACACAAAAAUGUAUAAAUGUAUAAAUGGUAACAAAAGAUGCUUGUGCUGCGUCAAGGUGCAAUGUUCUUUGUACAAGAUGUAUUUUAUUGCCUAUACUGCUAAUAAUGAUUUAAUGAUAUUUCUGAUAAUUUUUACAUUUUGUCUUUUUAUGAUGUGUCAAUUUUUUAAUUUUGUCAGCUGAUUGUGAACAUGAUAGCAGAAUUCGCUUAUAAUUGAAAGCUGAUUUUACAUGUGAUUUAAAUUUUGGCAGAUUGAACAAAGUUACCAGUUUCAUUUCAACACUGCAGACAUAAUGAUUGGCCAGGAAUGGUAAUAAUUACUUGAUGCCAACAAAUAAUGAGACACUUCUUGUUUGGAGCACUAUGUUUCUGUUGCCAACUUUCUCAAAAAUAAUAAACUGAAUUUUGACACAA